AUGGAAACUCAAUUAUUAAGUCAUAAUAGCAGUGGCGAAAUCAAUUUAUUAAAUAAAAGUAGUUCAGAUAAUAUAAGAUUAUCACCCUUAUAUAAUGAAAAGGAAUUAUUAGAACAACAAGAAUUAAUUUUAAAACAACAAUUAAUGCAUAACCAACAAAGACAACAACAAUUACUACAACAGCAACAACAAAAACAAGCUGCCGAAGCUGAACAAAAAAGAAUUAUGCAACAACAACAGCAACAACAACAACAACAACAACAAUUACUACAACAACAACAACAGCAAUUAUUAUUAUUAAAUGAAAUUGGAGAAGAGGAUGAAGUAAAAAAAGGUAUUACAAGAACAUCAUUUUUUGGAGCAGCUUCAAGAGCAAUAUUAACAAAUAAAUUCUUAAGUAUAAUGACAAAAAGUUUAAAUUCAAGUCAAGAUUUAAAUAAUACAACCAAUAGUAAAACAAAUAUAAAUAUAAAUAAUAAUAAUAGUAAAGAUUUUGAUAAUAUAAGAAAAUUAAUUGAACAUGGUCUUUACAUUCAAGAUUUAAUACCUGAAAAUCAAUUAUCAUUUGUUUGUGACCAACUUUGUAUAUAUGACCCAUUUGCAAUUUUCUUUUUAGAUACUGAAGAAUCAAAACAACUCCUUUUAGAUAGUUUUCAAUUAUUUCAUUCAGUUUCACCACAACAACAAUUUUUAAAUAAUAGUAGUAAUAAUAUAAAUAUAAAUAAUAAUAAUAAUAAUAAUGUAACAUAUAAAGAAUUUAUAAUGAAAUCACAUCCAAUUCAAUCAUGGUUAGAAUUUCAAAAAGGUGGAAAUUCAAUUAAUAAAAUUGGAUUUAGAACUAAAUAUAUAGAUCAAGUGAUAAUGGAUAGUUUAUCAAUUAAAGGAACAGUUGCACAUUUUAAUGCAUCAGCAUUUUUUUAUACUCAAGUUGUUUUUUGUGGUUCAGGAUUGGAUAGUCGUUCAUUGAGAUUACCAAUUGAUAAACAUGUAUCUGUAUUCGAGAUCGAUUUACCACAUGUUAUAAAUUAUAAGAAAAAAGUUUUAGAAAAAGCAACUACAAUUAUAAAACCAACAAGUCAAUGUCAUAUCAAUUAUAUCGGUGGUGAUAUCGUAAAGGAAGGUGAUCGUUGGAUUGGAAGUUUGUUAGAUUGCGGCUUCAAUCCUGCAAUGCAUACUCUUUGGGUGUUGGAGGGUGUUUUAAUGUAUUUAACCGAAGAGGAGAUCGGCACGCUUUUAGGCUCGAUUGGCAUGCUAUCUGCCCCAAAUAGUAAAUUGUUAAUUCAUACUGUUUCUCCACAAAAUUCAAAAAAUAAUGGUGGUAAUGCUUCUUCACAAUGUUCUACUGCUUCAGUUGCUCAUUCAAUUAGUUCAAGUACAAAUAGUACAAAUAAUAGAUCAUUCAAUUUAUUUAAAGAAGAGUUUGUAUCAUUUCAUUCAAAUCCAAGUGAAUUACUAAAUGAAUUUGGUUUCUCUAAGGACAUAACCUCAGUAUCAUAUAGUGAUUUAAAUCAAUUAUAUCUUUGCAAUAAUCCUGAUUUUAUUUCAAAUCCUGAUUGCUCAAGAUUUUCAGUUGGUGUUUUUACUGGUUAA